AUUGAGCUUCUCACGUGCCCUGGCCAUGUCCACUGUCACACUUUCUGCAUUAAAGAGUACUUACGUCAGUUUGCACAAGUAAAGUUAGUUUAAGCAUGACAGAAACUUAUCCAAUCAUGCCAUUCUAUAAAUGAUAUAAAAAGGAGAGUAAGGCAACUAGUCGUUCUUUUUCUUCAUACUUUCAGCAUGGGAUUAUUUUCAAAACACAAGAAAUCGCCUACACUUAGUUAUCAAAGUGGGCCACCCCCUUAUCAUAAUUAUGCACCCCCUUCUCCCCCUCAACAACACACAAACCCUGAUUCAAGACCAUUACCUAAUGGUUGGAUAUCUCAAUUCGAUGCUAAUUCAAAUCGAUUCUUUUAUGUCUAUACACCCACUGCAUUACGUCAAUGGGAGCAUCCUGCUGAUAAACCACUGAAUAGUCGUGGUGAAAAUGCAUCUUAUAACCAACAAAGACCUUAUUACCAACAACAACAACAACAGUAUGUACAGCAACCACAAUAUAUACAACCACAACAAGCUCAAUAUACACAACAACCUGUUAUGGGUCGUACCGGUCGAUUUGGUGGUGGUGGUGGUGGUAUGGGUGGAUUUGGCACUAUGGCUGCUGCUGGUUUAGGAGGUGGUCUCCUGGGUUAUAUGGUGGGUGAUGCUGUAGGUGACAGCCACCCCGAUAUUAUUGAAAACAAUUAUUAUGGUGAUGAUUUCAAUGGUGGCGGAGGAUUUGAUAAUGGUGGAUUUGAUGAUGGUGGAGGAAAUUUUGAAAUGUUUUAAUGA